AUGACUCUAAUCCGCUCAGCAGCAGCAGUGUGUGGAAACAUUGUGUUUCACCAUGGAGGCCUGGCUCUCAAAGAUGACGAAUUGUGCUACACUGACGACGUGUAUCUUUACGACCUGAAAACCGCAGCCUGGACGUUUCUGAGCAAGGAGGAGCCCUACCGAGCUUCAAAGCAACACAGUAUCGGCCUCAGAGCAGAACAUACAGCUAUUCCGCUCAACCAUGAAUUGGUUCUUGUUUUUGGAGGACGGUCUCCGAAGACAUCCUCCGAGUUCUCGUCUCUCACUCAGUACUACGUCUUUGACCUCAGCAAACGCGUCUGGAUUGAACGCGACGAGCUCAAGGAGUACUCCAACAUCCCCAAGAAACUGGGAUCGCUCUACAUUGGCGAUUCGGGUGAAUAUGGUAUUUACCACGGCAUAGAAAAAUCCAAGGUUGACCGAACAGUGCUGAGAAUGGCCAACCGCACAAAGUCGGGGCCCGAUUCAAAGUCUCAGUCGUUAGUCAACGGGCUCUACAACCUCUACAAGGAGGGAAAGUGUACAGACUUCACAAUUUCAGGAGUGGACAGUGGAGGAGACACGAUAGUUGAAGACAGACAGGAAGGCGACGAGAAGCCCAAAACAGUCAGUCUCAAUGCACACACGGCCGUUCUAUAUGCCAGAUGGAAAUAUUUUGCCAACCUGUACGACUCAGGCAUGCAAGAGUCGUCUUCACGAAGCCUACACAUCGAAGAACCCUUCCCAUGGGUCAAGGCUCUAAUCCACUAUCUCUACACCGACUCAAUUGAGGAGCUGGACUUAGAGACGGUUGCCGGCGUGAUGAUUCUGGCCCACAUUUACGACCUACCGGAACUGGAAGACAUCUGCACCUCUCAAAUCUGCAACUCAGCAGCCUACUCCACCCACCAGCAAGUGCUGUUCUGGUACCGGGGCUACGUGGCAGAAAACCAGCUCGUUCAACAGAAGUUUGCCCGGCUCUGCUUCGAGUCACGAGACAAGGUGUCUAAAGUGCAGGCUUUCCAGGACUUGGAGCGGGUUGGUCUUUUGUCGACGCUCUGCUCAGACAUGUUCGCAUUGUCUGUACAGUAA